GAUAGCACUCUCAGUUCAACAUGCACAAUAUCAUAAGGUUCUAGCAUAAUAUGGAGUUGUUUACUUAGCUCGGUAUUUGAAACUUAGCAACAGAACUAAGUCGCGAGAUUCAAUAUAGUUAAAGGAUAUUGAUUGUUGAUAUCUGAGUUGCGGACAUCCGUUUCAAUAGAAUUUCCGACGUUAGGUUUCCUUCCACGUGUGACGGGUAAUUUGUGUUGAAAUUGCGACACAUAUACUUUUAUGCUCCGGGAGUUGAUUUACUUUCAAAAGUUCUGUUCGAGUUGAUAGCAAAAAGUAGCUCCUUAUUAGCGAAAGAGAAAAUGCAACAGCACGUGCCAAUUUUGAUAGACACUUGUUGAUUUCCGCUACAUUAAAAUUGCUGCAUCAAAACUUCUUAUUCAGCUAUUGCAAGAUAAAAUUUAAAUAAUCGUAAAAUGAAUGUAUUUUUUUAAAAUGACCCUUUAUUUUUUUCAAAAGCAUUAGAGAUGAGCAGUGGUACAAAUUCAUUAAAUUGGAAGCAAAUAAAAGAAUAUAUAUGGAUGAUGCAACUAUUUUUUUCAUAUCACAUUAUGGAUGAAAAUAAAAAAUGAUUUUACUAAAGUAUUUUUAAACUUAUAAGGGAUUUUAUGAUGAGUGAAUUUUAGAAAGCAACUGCUAGCCCAAGACGAAAGAAGAUAACAUUAGUCGCCGGAUUUCAAAACUAGCUGAAAUAUUUUGUAGUUACAUAACGAAUAUCAUGAAUUAGUGUCAGUUUUUUAGUAAUAAAGAGACGGAGUUUAGACGAAUAUGUAUACGUAGAUAUGUACACAUAGAGAUUGAUUGAAUCAUAGAGACUAGAAAUUAUGUCAUUUCAUGAAAGUAAUGCUGGAAUUUAAGCAUUGAAAAAUGGGAAAUAAUCAAUCAUGUAAAAAGAAGAAGAAAAAGAAAUUCACAAUCGUUCAAAUAAGUGACAAAGAAAACAAACAAGUUACUCUUGAUGACUUUCAAAUAUUAAGGGCAAUCGGGAAAGGAAGUUUUGGAAAGGUUUGCAUCGUUCAAAAGAAAGACACUAUGAAGAUGUAUGCAAUGAAGUAUGUGAAUAAGAGCCAAUGUGUAGAAAAGGAUGCUUUCAAAAAUGUUCUACGGGAGAUAGAAGUUUUGACAGAAUUAGAACACCCCUUCUUAGUGAAUCUAUGGUUUACUUUCCAAGAUGAAGAAGAUAUGUUCAUGGUCGUAGAUUUGUUGCUUGGAGGAGAUUUACGUUACCACUUGCAGCAAAGUAAUUCUAUAUUUGACGAAGAGAGAAUUACUCUCUAUCUCUGUGAAAUAGCUUUAGCUUUGGAUUAUCUGAGGUCAAAGAAAAUAUUACACAGGGACAUCAAACCAGAUAAUAUUUUGAUAGAUGACGCAGGGCAUGCUCAUAUCACCGAUUUUAACAUAGCAACUUUUGUUCGAGACGGGGAGGUUGUCACAUCUGUAUCGGGAACGAAACCAUACAUGGCUCCAGAAGUGGUUCUUUGUGCAUUGGAUCACACGCAUGGCUACUCUUUCAACGCAGAUUGGUGGUCGUUGGGAGUUACAACGUAUGAAAUGGCCUGCAAUAUGAGACCUUAUGAAAUUCAUUCUGGGACAAGUAUGGAGGAUAUUCAUUGCAUGAUUGAAAAUUCUUGCGUACGUUUUCCAAAGUGCGUUAAUAAGGGACUUGCCAAUCUCAUACAGCAGAUGUUAAGCGUGGAUCCUAAACAACGAAUAUCUUCUAUUAAGCAAAUGAAAAGGCAUCACUAUCUGAAGUCUAUGGAUUUUGUAGCUGUUUAUAAUCGUCAAGUCACCCCUCCAUUCAUACCUAACAAAGAUCAAUUGAACUGUGAUCCUACCUUUGAACUUGAGGAAAUGAUUAUCGAAUCCAAACCUUUACAUAAAAAGAAGAAAAGAUUAUCCAAAAGAAAUAAAGCGAAAACUAUUCUUGCGAACCAAAUAAAUCAGGAUGAAGAAGUAAUGCAGAUGUGUCUCAGCACCAUCCAGAAAGAGUUUAUUAUUUAUAAUCGUGAAAGUGAGCUUCAACAACAAGCAAUGGAAGAAAAGAGAAAACAAUGGGAAGAAGAACUAGCAAAAUUUACCAGCUGAUGAGAUACCCAAAGCCAAAUCUUCACGAGCCAGAUGACCAAUGGAAAGGAAGUGCAUAAGGGACGUAAUUUUUUUUUUCGUUUCGUCUUUUGUUGCUUACAUUUAGAUAAUGAAGCUGAAAAGUCUUUUGGCUGAUUAUUGUUUCUCAUUCGCAGUUUUCUCGCACAAACCUUCUGUGGUUAUUUCCCUCAUCCACGUGUUUGCUGCUAAUUGCUAAAUGUAAUGUGAUUUCAUCAACACGAGUCACUAAUAAUAAAUGGACGUCCAUGUUC